CUCCGUUUGGCGACCAGGUAAGGUGGGGACGGGGGAGGACCACUACGAAAUCCAGGUCGUAUCCUUUCUUCGCUCGAGCAUCCAGAAAGGGAAACGAUAACAGAUCUUCAUCACCGCGUCCCCAUCAAUUCAAGAUUGAUCGCAUGGUUCUUCCUCGUAGAAAUCGAUCUCCUUUUCUAGCCUGAAAGUCAAAGAACGCAUAAUCGUGUUCCCUACGUAGCUUUAAAGGAGAAGAAUAUCCCCUUUCUUUCCCUUUGAAUUUGUUUUAUCGUCAUAAAUAGGUUAACGAAACUCUGUUAAGAUCUCCAAUCGGAGUCGUUCUUCUGCUUCCUGAGAUUGGAAGAGGUUCCCCUCAUCAUUCCAAACUUCACAUUAGUUGUAUUUAUCAGUGAUAUGCAGAGCCAACUGGUUUGUAACGGGUGUAGGACUAUGCUUCUUUAUCCGAGAGGAGCUUCAAAUGUCUGCUGUGCUGUGUGCAAUGCACUCACACCUGUCCCACUUCAAAUGCCCGCAAUGGAAAUGGCUCAACUGAUAUGUGGAGGCUGUCGAACAUUGCUGAUGCAUCCCCGUGGUGCCACAAGUGUGAGAUGUUCAUGCUGUCAUACUGUUAAUCUCGUGCCAGUACCAAACCAGUAUGCUCAUGUUAAUUGUGGAAGCUGCCGCACAAUGUUAAUGUAUCCAUAUGGAGCUCCCUCUGUCAAAUGUGCGUUGUGUCACUUCAUCACUAAUGUUAAUGUGGGAGAUACAAGUGUGCCCAAUCCAUCUCACCCUCCUAAUGGAACUGCGACAUCUUCACCAACAGUACCUUCGUCAACCGCUACAUCACGUCCACAAAAUCAAACUGUAGUUGUUCAAAACCCCGCCUCUGUAGAUGGAAGCGGGAAAUUGGUGAGCAAUGUUGUUGUCGGCGUGACGACACCAUAGAAUUGGCUGUGGCGGGGAUACAUCAAUGUAUCCCAACUAUGUAUCAACACACAGAUGGAAGUUUCAUGUUGUGAUGUCACUCCCAAUUGUGAUGUAUGCCUAUACUUCAUUGCCAUUGGAACUGACUUGACUAUAUAUGCCAGAGUUGUAAUUUCAAUGUGUGAAAUUAUUUUUUGUUUAUGAUGAUAAAUACUCGUACCAAUUUAGACACAGUUUUAUAUGGAGUAUGAAUUGAAGAGAUUUAGGUUUUUAUUUGAGGCACAAUGUUGCAUUG